AUGGAAAGGGAAGAACUGAAUGUGACACUUAAUAAGCAAACAGAAAAGUUGAAUGAUUCGUUUUUGAAUGCAAUUACUACAAAUGAUUCAGUUUCUCAAAUCAAUUUCAUCAGUGAAAGAUUAAGAAAAAGAUUGCAGCUGGAACCUUCAGAUCAAGGGCUUUCAAUUUACGGAAUUGGAAAAAUAGAAGUAGAAUCCAAAGGCAGAGUAAACUUAACAAUAAAUUCAAGAAUAAAAAAUUUCUCAACAAAUAUCGAGGGAAGAGUGAUUAAAGAAAUAACCAGUUUGCAACCACAGAGAUUUAUAAAUAUUUCAACUUGGAAUAUACGGCAAAAAGUACAGCCAGUAGAUCCCAAUUUUAAUAAACCACAAAGGGUUGAUGUUCUAUUAGGUGCGGAAAUGUUUAGCGAAUUAUUAAGGGUAGGCCAAAUAAAAUUGAACAAACAUUUACCCAUGUUUCAAAAUACUGUAUUUGGCUGGUUUGUUAUUGGAAAAGUGCACCAAGAAGUUCCACAUAUAAGCACAAAUGAAAUUAUGAAGACAGCUGAUGUGAAAUGUGAAGAAUAUUUUAUGAACACAUCAGAGCGAGAUCAAGAGGGUAGAUUUGUAGUAAAUCUGAUUAUUUUGGGAUCUCCAGGGGUGCUGGGGGAAUCCAAAAAUAUUGCGUUUAGAAGAUUUCUAAGCCUUGAGAAGAAAUUAGGAAAGGAUGUAAGACUCAAACAACAAUAUAUUGAGUUUUUAGAAGAUUACUUAAAACUAGGACACAUGAAAGAAUAG